AUGAUGAUGGCUCUUAAAUUUCCUUUACAGUUUAUCAAGUUGGUGAUGGUUUGUGUUACUACUCCCAGAUUUUCCUUCAUGAUCAAUGGGGCUCAAAUAGGUUGUUUGAAAUCUCGGAGAGGUUUAAGACAAGGGGAUCCUUUGUCUCAUUUUCUAGUUGUUAUUGGUAUGGAGUAUUUGUCAAGAAUAAUGAUUUCAGUUGGCCAACAUAAGGAUUUCAAGUAUCACCCAAGGUGCGAAUAUCUGAAACUCAAUCAUCUUUGCUUUGCAGAUGACUUGCUUCUGUUUAGUGAAGGAACUUUUAAAGCUAUCUAUGUUUUACUUAGAGGUUUCCAGCUGUUUACUGAUAGUUCUAGUUUGCAAGCUAACAAAAAGAAGUCAGCCAUUUUUGGUGUUGGGUUGCAAGAAGGGGACUGGAAUAGGCUUACUGGCAUGACGUGGUUUGUUCGCAGCAAUCUUCCUUUUAAAUACUUAGGAAUGGCCAUUAGCAAUACUAGGAUAUCUAAAGCUGAUUGUGAAUGUUUGGUUGAUAAAAUGGUGAAAAGGAUUAGGAGCUGGAGUUCGAGGAAUCUGUCUUUUGCAGGGAGAUGUAUUCUUAUAAAUUAUGUCCUCCUAUCUAUCAACAUUUUCUGGUCUCAAUUGGUUAUUCUGCCUCGAGUGGUGAUUACAAGAAUCAACCAAAUUUGUAGAGUUUUUUUAUGGAAAGGUACAGAUUAUAUGGAAGAGCCGGGAAGAGUAUCGUGGAUUGAGAUUGGGAAAUCUAAACAAAAGGGAGGACUCAGUUUUACAGAUAUUAGCAUAUGGAACAUCUGUGCUCUUGGGAGAUAUGUUUGGGCUAUAGCAAAGAAGGAAGAUAAUCUUUGGGUGAAGUGGGUACAUUCGGUGUACAUUAAAGAGACAGACUGGUGGGAUUACACGGCUCCUCUAAAUAGUAGUUGGUACUGGAAAAGAGUGGUCAAAACGAAGAAUGAGUUAAAGGAAAUUUUUCUUCACAGUACAAAUAGUUGGCCAAUCUACAACAUUGCUCAAAUGUAUAAGCUGCUGAAGGACAAAACAGAUACAAGAUGGAAAUUUUCCUUCAUUUGUGACAGACUUGGGAUUCCUAAACAUAAAUUUGAGACAUGA